UAGAGAGAGGGGUUGUUAGUCGGCGGCGGUAGGGCGGCAGCAGCAGCCCACAGCACCCAUGUUCAGUGGAGAGUCAGUGGAAGGUGCCCCCAGAUGACCGACGCAGACGUCUGGGAAUGACAGCCGCUGUCACCGAGAGUGACAGCUUUCGCUCUCUGUCGCCGCACCUUGACUAGCCUUGACUAUCCCCGGAGUGACGCGCUCUAUCAGUCGCACGCCAAAGAAGUGACACGGAGCCGGUCAGAACUAUGCCAGAGAUGGAGAAAGGGAGACCGCCGGAAAACAAACGCAGUAGGAAACCCGCGCACCCCGUCAAGAGAGAGAUCAACCAAGAGAUGAAGACGUUUGCAGAGAGCACCAUGAAUGAGCUCCUAGGCUGGUACGGCUAUGACAAGUUGGAGCUCAGAGACUCCGAGGCCACCGAGAUACGGAACUACCCCAACCGUGAGAGACGCCAGCAGCACGUCUCAGUUCUUAAAGAAAACUCGGUGCCCAAAUCCAAGAGCCUAGACAGCCCAAUGACACUGGCCAUGAGGAGUGGAGAGAGAGAAUCAUCCAGAGUCCCCUCUUCCUCCCCCGGUUCCUCCUCUCUGACCAUCCCUAAGGAGCAAAAGAGUGCCCCCGUAAUUGUCCCGCUUAUAAAGCCAUCGGCAGUGGAAGACGUGCAGAAUGUUCAGAUAGUGUGUGUGUGGUGUCAGAAGGAGGGGGUGAAGCGCUACUCUCUCUGUAUGGGCACCGAGCUGAAGAGCUUCUGUAGUGAGAAGUGCUUCGCCGCCUGCCGACGGGCCUACUUCAAACGCAACAAGGCCCGGGAUGAGGACCUCCAUGUAGGGGAGAGGUCCCCCCAACACACCACUGCUGAUGACUCACCACGACUCGUGCUGAACAGUGGAGGUGCCAGAGUGUGCAACUGGUGCAAGCACGUCCGCCACACCAAAGAGUACCUGGACUUUGGCGCCGGUGAGGAGCGGCUCCAGUUUUGCAGCACCAAGUGUCUGAACCAGUACAAGAUGGAUGUGUUCUACAGAGAGGCCAGGGCCACUCUCACCAGCUCCAGCCCAGGAAGACCAACCCAGGAGGGGAGACCCGAGUCCACCGGAGGGGUCCAGAACCAGAAGCUCCUGACCCCUGAAUCGUGGAGCAGCAAUGCUGGGGACGUGAGGGGGACGACCAGGUCGCCCAAAGGUCAGACGCCGAUCAAUGGUACAGCGGCACCAAGGACUGUGUCUCCAUCCGAGGCGUCAUCUUCGUCAUUGAAGGUUAACAUUUCAGGACUGAGGCGCCUGGAGAGGCACGUCCUGCCACCACCCGCGCAGGUAGCGAGCCACCACCCCGCCCCCCCCCCUCCUCACCCCCCCAUGGAGCACCACAAGGCCAUGCCUCAGAUCCCGCUGCCCUUCAUCCGGCCCCCUCUCCACGCCCAGGGCCUGAAGAGCCCCCUGGCCCAACCCCCAGGGGCCACCUGGCCCCCUUCCAGCCCCAUCCACCAGCCUCCCUCACUCCCCCAUCACCCCCACCAACCCCACCUCCAGCCCCCAUCGGCCACCUCCAUGAACCCACCCGGAAUACACCCCUACCCGGGGGCCUACUUCCCAGGCUUGCACUCCCCCCCUAUCAACAUGAUGGGGCUCCGUGGCCCCGUGCCCAUGCUCCCUAUGAUGAACUUCGGGGGAUGGCCGUCUUUAGGCCCCUUCUUCCCCCAGGCCACGGUCCUGGUGCCCUACCCCAUCAUUGUACCAAUCCCAGUCCCCAUCCCCAUCCCUAUCCCAAUACCCAUACCCCCUAAAUCUGCUCCUCCAGAAGCCCCAGGGGUCCCCCACAGUGGGGUUAUCCAGCCCGUGCCGGAGGGGAUAGAGGGGGGACGCUCCAGGGGUGUCAAUUUGCCUUGUCCCAAGAGCUUGGCGGCCAACAGAUUGGGUAGAACCACCAACCAGGGUCUCCCCUCACCCUCAGACCACCCCAGAAGGGACAUCACAGAUUGGGUGAAGUCGGAGAGGCAGGCUCAGUCACCCAUGUCGAUCCCUCACAGUGCAGUGUCCUCCCCCAGGGCUCGCUACGAUGCUUCCCCAUCUUCCACCUCAGUGAUUGAGGGGCUGUCAGACUUUAAGCUGAGCCAGCAGCAGCAGCCAGAGAGGCAGGUCAUCCAGAGAGUGCUCCAGAGGACCCCGGUCAAGCUGGAGCCCAACCCCCACGGAGUGGUGGACCUGUCGGGUCCGGGUGAGCCCGGAAUGGGGCAAGGCACCAGGCUGGUGGAUACCAGAGUGGACCACCACAACCACCACCAUGACAUUAUCAAACCCACCCCUCCACUAACCCAGUCACCCCCUCUUCUGCACAACACCGCCUACCCCCAGAGCCCUAACAUACGACCCCCCUCAGACACCCCACCAACUCCCAGAGGGGAAUGCAGCAGCCCUCCCUGCGAUACCGCCACCCCCUCCCCCUCAACACUCCCAGACGUCCCCAAACAAACAACACCGUCAUCAUCCCCCGAUCCUCCUCCCAGCCCAGACUCCUCCCAGUCUCAGAGAGAGGCCCCGCCUCUUGGCCCUGACGCCGCCCUCAGUGAGCUGGAGGCAGUCAAAGAGAACAGCUGCUCCAAUGGCCAGGUCCAGCUUCCAUCCCUCCCCACCAGCCAAUCAGAGGGGCCCUCGGCCGCUGGCGACUCCGAGGACCCCCACGUCCCAGAUGAGGACCAUGCCUAUGCCCUGCCCACCCCCAACCUUACACCCACCAGAACGGGCGGUGCCCCCACCACUCUCCUCCUGCCCAAGCUUAGGGACAAGGGUGUUCUACUAUGCCCACCGAGUGUGGCUGGGCCUGGGGAUAUGGAGCCUGCUCUGAAGAGACGGUGCCUCCGCAUCCGAGAUCAGAUCAAGUAGGGAAGGGAGCGGUACCAGAUCCAGUGCCCCGCCCUCUUGGGUACAUCACCAGCACCAACGCCCUCCCUCCAACCCAUUACUCAGCCACCUGGGAGAUCAACUCCACCCUUCUUCUGACCCCGACGUGCCAAUCAAGGAAGCAGUCCAAUGGGAGAAGCAGUCCAAUGGGAGAAGCAGUCCAAGAGCUCAAUGUGAACUUCCAGUACAUUCACAGCACAAGUGUGUGUGUGUGUGUGUGUGUGUGUGUGUGCUGUAUGUACCUUUAUGUGGCAUUUCUGGACCUUCCCAAGAGACAGACAAUUCCAUCUCUGAUCUCUCCCAUAGUCCAGGAGCCUAUGAAGCCAGCCCAAAGAGCCCACUCAGCCCAGUUCCAAUCCUCAGCCAUAGUCAGGGGCUCUACACUGCACUAGAUGGUAGGCUGCUAGGCUACGAUCAGCAGCCUUGUGUGGUCUUCUCCAAUGGAGACUGAACCUGAUCUCUUUCCUGGGGAAAUGGUUUGUUUUCUCUGCCCGGCUCCACACAAAGAGCCACAUUGUUCCUCUCCCCCAUAUCCCACACUGACUCUCCUACUCUGGUUUUGGGUUACCUGGCUAACAGGGGCUCAGGCUUCAGGAGGAGUUUGUCUUUUUAAAUUGUUCUGUCUGACGGAGGGCCAGGAAUAAGUGUGUACCCUUCUCCUUCUUUCCUGUCCUUUCCACCCCGCAGUCCCCUCUCCAAUGGUACACACACUAGUCCUAAAGUGUAACUCUGACACCAAUUGCUUGUUAAUGUCCUCUUCCCCUCCUAUUUCCCCCCUCUAUGGACGAGGGGACGAGGGUCAGUUCAGCACAUUUUUCUCUGGUGGUUUUCUGUUUGAAAGAGGGAUGGAGUCCCUUGGGGCAAUGAAAAAUGACAAAAUAAUUAACUGUAAACUAUGUAAUAUGAUAAUGAAAGAGAGUCCCAUAUAUCAUGAAAUCCACUAUUUGUGACUUGCCUGAGACCGGAAGACUUGUGUCAGCUCCCCGAAACUAAUGCCUAGGUUUUGGCUCGAAGGGCUAACACAGUCUUGUGGUGCGCCGGAGACCCAGCUUUCGAACCCAGUCAUUUGAUUUACAACACUGACUCGGCCAUGGGACAGGGGUAGAUCAUUUCAGUGUCCAAACCUACUCACUCUGUUGACGCUCUUUAUCUUACUCAGAUGACUCCUUUUGGUGGGUUUGGGCAGUCAUGUUACCAGCCAUGGUAUUAUUUUCAACUGUCAAAGGCUGCAAAAAAGCAGCUAUCAGUAUUACAGUUUCCCCUAGUCUGGGGGUUUAUAAUGAUGAUACUAACUAUAAGCCUGGUCCCAGAUCUGUUCAUGCUGUCUUGCCCACUCUUCUGGUCAUUGUCAUGCCAAACAGCACAAACAGAUCUGGGAUUAGCCUGAAAACGAUCUAGUGGUAGCAUCAUCAUCUGGAGGCCUUGCCAACACUCAUCGUCACAUUGUGAGAAUUCACUUUUAGUUUUUGCUUUACAUAGACUUUGACUUUAUAAUAAUUUAUGAAUGAUGCCUUCAUAGAUCUCCAGAAAGUGCUUUAUUGAUUUUUAUUUCGAUUCUGAUUAUUAUACUGUAUUUGUUUGCGAGUGCCGAAGCUCUUACCAGUGUCCAAAUGUUUUGUUUGAAUUUGUCCACUAGAGUGCAGUGUCUGUCUAUGGAACAUAGCAACUACCUGUCUCAUAUACCUUAUAUAAAUAGAGUUUUCAAUAGCGUACACAAUUGUUCAUUCAACCAUACAUUUACUGACAAUUAUAAGUCUUGUCUUUUUUCACGACAGCCCAGUUUCAACAAUGCCUCGAUCCAGCCACAGAACAUCACCUAUUGCCAUCACUAUAGCCAAAGUAGAACAUUGCCACAACCAUAGAAAUACAAUUCCUAGAAGGAUGUCCCCAUUCAAGUCAAUGAGGCCAUAAUGGGUCAUUCUAUUUCUAUGGCCACAACAACAUUGCCAAGUCAUUGGCUGGAAAGCAGACUCCUUGCUGCGGGGGAGUGACCACACUGGCUUUCCAGGGUCUUUCUAUAGUCAUGACCUCGAAUAGCCUCCUGACCCACACUCCCCUCUCUCGCACACCCACACAAACACGCACACACAUGCCUCUGCAAUCUCGAAACUGCAUUCCAAAAAGCACGUCAAUCAGCAUGUGUAACCAUGGUGAAAAGUAGCUAAUUCCAGUCAACAUGCUCACCCCAGGUUAUACCCUGUAGUGUCAUUGUAAUCUUAGUCUGGCCAAGGGACUGUGUCAACAACUAUAUGAGUCGUGGUGGCGUCACUUGGCAUCUCUAUACUAUCAGUCUUGUGAUAUCGGGGAUAGUCCCCUAGCCAUACCUUUAGUGCAGUGUUUCCCAACCCUGGUCCUCCAGGACCCCCAACACUACACAGUUUAGUUGUAGACCUUGACAAACACACCUCAUUCAAGUCAUUGAGGGCUUGAUGAUUAGUUGACAAAUGAAUAAGGUGUUUUUGUCCGUGGUUACAAUAAAAAUGUGUGCUGUUGGGGGUGUUGGGAAACACUGCUUUAGUGGCCAAGAAGUGAACAAAAAACUGCCAUGGUAUAUUACACAUCUGCCUAUAGUAACUAACUCAAACCCUAACCCUAUAGUAUACUACACCUACCAUCACUGUCCCUCAUCUCUUUAUUCAAGACUGUGGGGGGGAAAUUGGGAAGAACAAAAGUUGUCUGAAACCCAUAGAUUGUGGACUCGGGACACUCAUUGAACAUGUAAGGCACCGUAUAAUUCACCGAUUGUUUGUAUUUAGGCCUAAAUUAAUAGCAUCAACUGGGAGCUGUUUGGUGGAGACCUAUUUGUAAAGUGAAUAAAGGCUAUUCUGAGAACAACAACA